AUGGCGACACCGGAAGAUAAAGACUGUGUUCUGAAAUGUCCAAUUUGUUUAGAAAAAAUGAAAUUGCCAAAACAAUUGCCUUGUUUACACACGUUUUGCGAACAGUGUAUCCAGAGCUACGUACAAGGAACACAUACGGGGGAAGAAGACGAACGCUGUGUAUUCCAGUGCCCAAUAUGUCGGAUGGAAGUUACCUUGCCGAACAUAUCUUCGACUGAAUGGACUCAAAAGCUACCUACAAAUCAUUUAAUGAUGUCUCUUAUUGACUGUGAAUCAACGGACUCGGAAUCAAAAGUAAUAUUCUGCACCCCGUGCAAGCACGCCAACGAAAGAAAUGCAGCAAAAUACCAUUGCACCGAUUGCAAGGAAUGUUACUGUGAGCAAUGUCUUACAUAUUUCCAUAAACGAAAGAAGGAUAACAAUAUGCAUAAUGUGACAAACGUAGACGAGACAACACUUUUAAAAUCACUAGAAGUAGGGGAGGCUUGCUGUAUCCAUGCAAACAAAGAUGUGGAAGUGUUUUGUUUUGAUCAUCAGGAACUCUGUUGUAGCAUAUGUUUUGUAACCAAGCAUAGAAAAUGUGUUGUUGUAAAGACCCUUGAUGAAAUUGAAAACGAUGAAAACACAAAUACUGAUAUAGAGGAAUUCAUUUGUAAACUAGACGAAAUCGAGAAACGAACGGAAAGAAGCCAAAAAGAUGUAAGGGAAAACAAUGAGUUACUGAAAAGGCAAAAAGAACAGCUUUUGCAGUUGGUGUCUGAAGUUGUCACAGAAACUAAAUCUAUCCUGGAUGAAUUACACAAUGAAUUUGUAAAAUCAGUUGAAAAAACCUUUUCACAUGCUGAACAAAUGCAAGAGUUUGGUCUUGAUUGUCUUAAUGGCUUUCAAAAGACCUUAGCUGAAUGUAAAAAAUUAACCAAAGCGAUCCAGGCCAAAGGCAGUAGAAAGCAAAUGUUUGUUACAAAGGAAAAGGCGAAAAUAGCUGUAGAUAAACACUUUGAAAGACUGGAGAAGACUUGCUACUCAACAAAAACUGACUACGUAAUUGACAUUGAUGAAAAAAUUCAUAAAAUGAGAGAUUGUUUAAAAAUAGCCACUUUAAGGGAUCAACAAUCCGAUAAAAGUUCGUUAAAAGAGAUAGAAGAAGCAGUGAGACAAUUGGGAUGUCUGAAUAAUUUCCAAUCAUUCCAGCAUACGUUCAGUGUGCUCUUAUUGAAUUAUCGAAAGGGCAAACUCUCUAGUCCAUCUUUCGGUUUUCAAGAUAUGACUUGGGUCGUGGUUUGUAAAAGGCAUGAUGAUGCCCUAGCACUCUUUUUAAGUUGUUCGGGAGAUGACAGAUGUACUGAAUGGACAUGUAAAUUGACAGUAGAAUUCAGAAUUAUAAAUUCGGACGACCGAGGUAAAGAUGUGACAUGCUCUUUUACUGACAAGUAUUCCAAGGACAGGAGUUCUUUGGGAAUUGCUUCUAUUGUAGACUGGAAAACUUUAAUAUCAGAAAAUAAUGGGUUUAUCAUUGAAAAUAGUAUUACAGUUGUCGUCAGAAUAUUUAAAGUUGUGUAA